UCCUUUACUCAAUUUAAUCACUUUGUCUUUAUGUUCACAAGAUAACCACAAAAGCAAUGGCACUUAACAAAGUAUUGUUCUUGAUGCUGCUCGCCUUCGCCAUCUCCCACGUAGCCACCGCCAGCGGCCCCGACAUCACCUCCGACUUCAUCCUGCCCCCAAACCUCACUGCCGUCGACGGCAGCUUCUUCACCUACACCGGCCUGCGUUCCGUCGUCAACUCCCAGCCCGGCGCCGGCUUCAGCGUCUCAAAGGCCGCCGUGGCAGAGUUCCCUGCCCUGCUCGGGCAGAGUGUGUCCAUGGCCGUGCUCAAGUACUCGGCCGGAUCCGUCAACCCGCCCCACACCCACCCGCGCUCCGCCGAGCUGCUCUUCCUGGUGAAUGGCUACCUCGAGGUGGGCUUCGUCGACACCGGCAACAAGCUCUACACCCGGUCGCUGCAGCCCGGCGACGUGUUCGUGUUCCCCAAGGGGCUAAUCCACUACCAGUACUGCAACUCCGGGAGCGCUGCCAUCGCUGUCUCCGCCUUCGGGAGCACCAACGCCGGCACUGUGUCGGUUCCUAUGAGCGUAUUCGCCACCGGCGUCGACGACGUGGUGCUCGCGAAGUCGUUCAAGACAAACGACGGCACCAUCCAGGAGUUGGUGCGAAAUUUGGGAAGAAAUUUGGGAACUCUGAUCGAUUCUGAUUUUGUCAAGAAACUAUUAGUGCUGCUGUCGCUUGUUACAGGAAUUGUUUCUUUAAUUCUGCUCAUAAACUCUCACAGUCGAGGGACUCCGUAAAUUUUUCAAUGAAUUAGAGAAUG